GCGGGAGCCGGUGGGGCGAUGCCAGGCAGGAAGUCCUCCAAGGAGAAGAAGCGGCGCCGAUCGCGUUCCUGCUGUCCGGGAAGUGCCUCGGGGCCAGGUGGCAGCGAGAGGAAGCGGAGGAGCACCGAGUCCAGCCACGGUGGCCCCGAGGAAGCAAAAUGCAACGUGCCAUCUGAAGAGAAAGUAGAGGAAGCUGAAGAACCCAGUGAUAUAGAAGAAGGAGGAUUAGAUCUCAGUAUCUCACUCAAACCUGUCAGUUUCUACAUAACAGACAAAAAAGAAAUGCUUCAACAGUGUUUCUGUGUCAUAGGGGAGAAAAAGCUGCAGAAGAUGCUGCCUGAUAUUUUAAAGAGCUGUUCCAUGGAGGAAAUCAAAAGGCUUUGCUUGGAGCAGUUGGAGCUGUUAUCUGAAAAAAAACUGUUGAAGAUACUUGAAGGCAGGGGUGGAGCUGAUUCUGAUACUGAUGAGGAGGCGGAAGGAGACAAGACUGGAGGUGAACCAGUCAGUCAACAGGACAACAGUAUAGAUUCUACUUCUUCUUUCAGAGAAGACAACAAGCUGGAAAGUCAGGAGUCAAAACAAGGCAAGGGAGAAGAUAGUGAUGUGCUCAGCAUAAAUGCAGAUGCAUAUGAUAGUGACAUAGAAGGUCCAUGCAAUGAAGAAGAUGGCCCAGAUGCGCAAGAGAACACUGUCAGAAGUGGAGCUGGUCAGAUAGAUGACCUUCAGAAGGACAUUGAGAAAAGCGUGAAUGAGAUACUGGGGUUGGCAGAGUCCAGCCCAAAGGAGCCCAAAGCAGCAACCUUAGCUGUUCCUCCCUCAGAAGAUGUUCAGCCAUCAGCACAGCAACUGGAGCUUCUGGAGCUUGAGAUGCGGGCCAGGGCUAUUAAGGCUCUGAUGAAGGCUGGUGAUGUGAAAAAACAGCCCUGAGAUUGUUUAGAGUUAACUUUCAGUAUUUGUUAUAAAGGAUGUGUGAUGUCUGUUCUCAGUGUUGGAGUGUAUUUGGGUUGGGUAUGACAUUCCUCGUUCAAACUCUAUUGUGUAUUCUGACCUGUGACUGAAGCUGUUGAUAGCUGGUUUCAUUGCCUUUAGUGUGCUGCUUCCAUGGGAUGCACGGAGUGGUUUGAUGCUUCACUGAGAUCAUAUCCCUUUCUGCUGGGUUAUCUCUUCCAAGUGCUGGGUUAUCUCCUCAGAGAAUCACACAAUAUAAAGAGCUAUGCUAGGAACCUGGUGCCUUCCUUCCAGAAAGGUUAGGAGAAUCAAAUUCUUUAUAGCCCCAUGGUUAGAAAUUAUCAGCUAUUUUAUUUAUUAAAAACUUGUUUAACUAUGUGAGGAACUUGAUUUAUAUUUAAUUUCAUUUAAAAUAGCAUUUUGAAGAGGUCUUUUGUUGUGUGACUGCCUUAGGCAGUCAGUGAUGGGAUUUGAGAUUGCUUAUUUCUCCUUGGGGCCCAGCUCAUCAUCAUGCAGCUAUUCUAGUUAAAAUGAAUUAUCACAG